UCCGUGUGUUUGGUACGCAGUAAUAUUGGUAAUUAUUGUUUUAUUUUCAAAAUCCACGAUGUCCAAAGAUCCACUUGACGAGUUAAUACAGUUCCUGAAACCCGAGUCCAGGAUAGAUCUCAAACAUAUCGCUUUGGACCAUUUAGUCGGCUUAUCAGGCAGCGAGGAAGGUAUUCACACAUUGCUCAAAAACGAACAAGUAAUAUCGAGUAUCAUUGAGUUAACUAGUGAUAGUGUUGACGAGGUCGCUAAAAAUGCUCUUUUAGCGCUUGUAAACAUCACAGCCAACUCCAAGGGAGCUUCGGAGAUACUGAAAUAUCGCCCGAGUACUUCUAAAAACAUAAUAGAAUUACUUAUAGGUUAUGUUCUCGAUCCUAAUAAAAAAGAUGCCGAUGCAGCUUGUAUGAUACUUUCUAACAUCACGCGGCUAGAAGAUGAGUUGGAAGUGUGUUUAGACACAUUAAUACCCAAGUUAAAUGAUAUUCUGAAUGUGUACGUCAACAUUGACUUCAAUAAAACUGGUUCAAAGUUACACUAUCUCGCAGCCAUGUUUAGCAACCUGAGCUGCAGCAGUAGAAUACGAAAAUGGCUGACAGAAGAGAACCCACACGUACCUUUAAUAAAAAUCCUGCCAUUUUGCAAUUACGAGCAAUCUAACAUUCGCCGCGGCGGAGCUAUAGGAACCAUAAGAAAUUUAUCCUUUGAUGUUGAAUAUCAUGACAUAUUACUAAAUCCAGAUUUAGAUAUACUUACAUAUCUGUUGAACCCUUUAAUGGGCAAUGAGGAUUAUCCUGAUGAAGAAAUGGAUGUACUACCGAUAGCAUUGCAAUACUUACCUAAGGAAAAGAAGAGAGAAAUUGAUGUAGAUAUUCGUAAAAUGAUUAUAGAGACGCUAAACAAGUUUUGCAGUAAACGGAACUGUAGGGAGAUUCUACGGGACAACGGUGUAUAUUACGUGUUACGGGAGUACCACAAAUGGGAGAAAGACCCAAAAGUCCUAUUGGCGUGUGAGAAUGUUGUAGAUAUACUGAUUCAGAAAGAAUCUGAAGUCGGAGCGGAGGAUUUGUCAGCCGUUGAGGUGCCAGAGGAUUAUAAAGAGAAGUUCGAAAAGAUGGAUGAGGAUUAUAUAAAAAGCGCUGCAUCUUAAUUUACAUACAGUCAACCUAUUUGAAUCCUAAGCCACUGUAGAACCUUUUCAUAGUAAACGUCGAAGUGACUUUCAUGACAAAUACAACACGGUGUCAAUAAAACAGGGUUCUAGCUCCUCGGGUGCCAGACUGAUUUUUGAGUCAUUGGAAUUUGGAUUUUAUUCUAAUUAAUCAAAUUUCAAAUUUGAUUGACAUAAUCGGCCGGGAGUCGACCGGCCUGACUCCAAGGGCUAGAGUGGCCUAGGAUUCAAAUUGAUUGACCAUACACUUGUUAGUUUAAGUUAUAAAUAAAUGCAUUUAUUUAUGGUUUCUA